UGCAGUAUAGUCUUAGAUCUGAAGACUCCCGUCGAUUUCGUUUUCAGGACAAUAAUUAAGUGAUAUAACGAUUACGAGGAAGCUUCUUGUUUGCUCUGAUUGCUAUCCUGAACUAACCGGAAGUCAGACAGAUUCUGUCAUGGGCGCAUAUGUAAAAGUUUCGUGAUCAAAGGGGAAAAAGUUUCAAAAUGAUGGAAAUUUUAAAGGCGUCCAGCAAAAGCACUUUUUAUGGUAUGGAUUACUGGGGCAAGAAGAGUCUCUGGGCUUUGCUAUUUGUGCUUCAGUGCGUCGUUGUGUGAUUCUGUCUCUCUUUAUAUCUGCAGUGGAGAGAUAUAACCAAACAUGUAUAGCUAUACUGGCGUGCUGGGAUUCAUUUUGUGUACCUUUUGUGCAGCGCACCUGGACUUGACUGGAAUACCGACAAGGGAUCAGCUGAACGAGUUGACGGCAUACGUUCAAAAAUUGGUAAAAUGUCGAAAUGUACCAGCAAUGGCGGUAACUUUGGUGAAAGGCGACUCCUUUGUGUGGAGUAGAGGAUUCGGUAAGGCGGAUAGAGAAAACGGGAAGCCUGCAACACGGAACACACGGUUUUGCAUUGGAUCCUUGUCUAAGGCUUUUACCUCUACCAUACUGGGGAAGAUCUUGUCUCAGGAACAGAAUAUCACAUGGGAUACACCUGUUCGCAAGAUCCUUGGAGAUGACUUCCGCUUCAGCGAUGAGUUGCGCACUGACAUCGCUAACUUGAGGGACCUCCUCGCUCACAAAAUGGGUGUCCCCAGUUAUUUUAGUGCUCUUCUGAAUGGUUUCCCUGAUGACGUCACUAGGUCAGAUCUUGUCAGGCGAUUACAAUUCAUGGAGGCCACCGAGCCUAUCCGGACAAACUUCUUAUACAACAACUACAUGUACUCCCUGGCGGGUUACGUGGCGGAAGUUCUGGGUAAAGCUAGCUGGGAAGACUUGGUGCGCGACAACAUCUUCACCCCGCUCGGCAUGACGUCAACGGGCUUCGUAAACGAUGACCACGGUUUUGAAAACUUUGCUCUACCGUAUAUAACAGUGAAUGGGGAGCUAGUGAAUAUUUCAAAAGACUUGAUAACAAGCGUCAAUCCUGCUGGACCUGCAGGCUCCGUAUUCUCCACAGCUGAGGACAUGACAAAAUGGAUCAAGUUUCACCUGAAUAUCUCCGCAAUGCUGCGAUCUCACAAUCCUCUUUCCCCGUACCUCCUCAAAAUGGCGGACACUUAUGAGGGGCAAAUGCCGGGAGGUUUUUUUCCAAAUGACAAAAUAAAGCCAACGUAUCCGAUCCAUGAUGUUACAAUAGCAUAUGCUCUUGGCUGGGUGAACUCUAAUUACAGAGGUUAUCGGAAGCUCUGGCAUUCUGGUGGAAUCAUUUCCUAUACAUCCGGUUUAUGGCUGUUCCCGGAUGUUGACGCUGGGCUGUUCUUCUCCGUCAGUGGACCGCUGGACCGGAACAAACGAUAUGUCACACAGGAAGUCGGGUAUUUCGCCGCUGAUCUGUUACUAGGGGAACGAUCAUGGCUGAAUAUGACAACCGCCUGUAAAUUCCCGCUACCUUACGAACGGCCGGGUCCUGAGAAACCGAAACAGCCCAGACCUGAUCAACACGGCGCAAGCCGGAAGCCGACACGCCCUCUAGCGGAUUACACAGGGGUUUACGGACAUUUAGCUUUUGGUAACAUAACUAUCUCACUAGGUGGUUCUGAAAAUGCACCUUUGAGACUUCAUUACGGGCGCUUUGGCGAAAUGGUGUUGAAAGCUAUGAGACAUCCGAACACAUUUGUGGCCACAUACGUUGGACCGUUGUGGUAUGUUAUGGGGGCAGACGAUGGUAGCGAUCCGAUCACCGUAAGAUUUCGUCCGCAUCCUCACGACAAAGCCGUUUUGUCUUACCUCGACUAUCCCGUGGCCGAGAAUCACCCAACGACCUUCAUCCGGGGCCUUCAGCUUGACGAUACGACGAAAACGAGGCCGAAAGAUUUUUGCACUUCGACAGGAUCUGUACUUUUCAAACAUAACUGUAUGUAUUUCUAUGUCCUCUUUUUCUAUAUCAUUUUUAAUAUAAACAUUCUGACGGAAAGGUGACUUGUGAAUAAAACCGGCCCUUACCCUAGGUGUAUGUAGCUGGUUGUUUUUUGUUACUGGAGCUUUUAGUUUUUAUUCCAACUUACUCUUCAUUACCCCCGUCACCAUGACUUACGGCUUCUCCAAGACGUUUGCACCACACUGUCAAUGACCUCUCAGAUCCACUGUUCGUAGU